GAUGAGGAAUGAUUAAAAAUAAGAUACAUUUGAUUGGUUUUUAAUUAAGGGAAAACGUGACAAAAAAUAAUCAGAAUGGCAACUUUAGAACAACAAGCCUCCAAACUUCUCGAUUUUAACCAGAAACUGGACAUAAAUCUUCUUGAUAAUAUCGUUGGAUGCCUAUAUUCAACUGUUGGAGAUCAGCAACGUGUCGCUCAAGACAUUCUAACAGCAUUGAAAGAACAUCCAGACGCAUGGACUCGGGUUGAUACAAUUCUUGAAUAUUCCCAAAAUCAGGAAACUAAAUACUAUGCUUUACAAAUCUUGGAACAAGUAAUACUGACACGGUGGAAAGUCUUACCAAGGAAUCAAUGUGAAGGUAUAAAGAAGUAUAUUGUUGGCCUUAUUAUUAAAAACUCCUCAGAUCCUGUUACAAUGGAGAAUAAUAAAGUUUACUUAAAAAAACUAAAUAUGAUACUUAUACAAGUGUUGAAGAGAGAGUGGCCUCAUAAUUGGGAAACUUUUAUUGGUGACAUUGUUGGGGCAUCUAAGACCAAUGAGAGCCUUUGCCAAAAUAACAUGGUCAUCUUGAAGCUCCUUAGUGAGGAAGUUUUUGUUUUCAGUACAGGCCAGCUCACACAAACAAAAGCUAAGCAUCUUAAGGACACUAUGUGUUCUGAGUUCAGUCAAAUUUUCACACUUUGUCAAUUUGUUCUUGAAAAUUCUCAAAAUGCACCUCUAGUGGAUGCCACUUUGCAUACACUAUUAAGAUUCUUAAAUUGGAUUCCAUUGGGUUAUAUAUUUGAAAUGAAAUUGAUAAGUACCCUUAUAUUUAAGUUUUUAAAUGUCCCGAUGUUCCGUAAUGUAACACUAAGUUGUUUAACUGAAAUAGCCGGUGUGACAGUAAGUAAUUAUGAAGAACAGUUUGUAGCACUCCUUGUGCAAACUAUGGAGCAAUUGGAGGCCAUGCUCCCUCUCACUACCAAUAUACGUGAAGCCUAUGCUGCUGGUCGAGAUCAAGAACAGGUUUUCAUUCAGAACCUUGCAUUAUUUUUAUGCACAUAUCUAAAAGAACAUGGACAAUUAAUUGAAAGAAGAGGUCUUACAAACACAUUGAUGAAUGCCCUUCGAUACCUUGUAUUAAUAUCAGAAGUAGAGGAGGUAGAAAUUUUUAAAAUUUGUUUAGAAUUUUGGAAUGCUCUUGCUGCUGAUUUGUACAAGAUUGCACCGUGUGCACACUCCGCAGGAUUAUAUAGCUUAGGUAAAAGUGUUGGACGUAAAGCUCUGUACGCUGAUGUACUUAGUUCAGUUCGUUAUAUUAUGAUAUCUCGAAUGGCAAAACCUGAAGAAGUUUUGGUUGUUGAAAAUGAAAACGGUGAAGUCGUAAGAGAAUUUAUGAAAGAUACUGACUCUAUCAACUUGUAUAAGAAUAUGAGAGAGACACUAGUUUACUUGACACAUUUGGAUUAUCAAGAUACUGAGAGAAUAAUGACAGAGAAACUUCAAAAUCAAGUUAAUGGCACAGAAUGGUCAUGGAAAAACCUUAACACACUGUGUUGGGCUAUUGGGUCUAUAUCAGGAGCAAUGAUGGAAGAAGAUGAAAAACGUUUUUUGGUAAUUGUUAUCAAGGAUCUUUUGGGCUUGUGUGAACAAAAAAAAGGCAAAGACAAUAAAGCUAUUAUUGCCAGUAAUAUUAUGUAUGUUGUUGGGCAGUACCCUCGUUUUCUUAGAGCUCAUUGGAAAUUUUUGAAAACAGUUGUAAAUAAACUUUUUGAAUUCAUGCACGAAACUCAUGAUGGUGUUCAAGAUAUGGCCUGUGAUACAUUUAUAAAAAUUGCCUUGAAGUGUCGACGACACUUUGUUACCACACAAGUUUGUGAAGCUUGUCCAUUUAUAGAAGAAAUUCUGAGUACAAUCAGUUCCAUUAUUUGUGAUUUGCAAACACUACAAGUACACACUUUUUAUGAGGCUGUUGGGUAUAUGAUUAGUGCCCAAGUUGAUCAAGUAGCACAGGAGCAACUGAUUGAGAAAUAUAUGUUACUUCCUAAUCAGGUCUGGGAUGACAUUAUUUCACAAGCUUCUCAUAAUGUUGAUAUCCUUAAAGACCCUGAAGCUGUCAAACAACUUGUAAGUAUACUUAAAACGAAUGGUCGAGCUUGUCGAGCAUUGGGUCAUCCAUAUGUUGUGCAGCUGGGAAGAAUUUAUUUGGAUAUGUUGAAUGUAUACAAGGUAAUGUCAGAAAAUAUUAGUCAAGCUAUAGCUUUGAAUGGGGUGGUUGUCACAAAACAACCACUGAUUAAGAAUAUGAGGAUUAUCAAAAAAGAGACCUUAAAAUUAAUAGCAAGUUGGGUAUCUCGCUCUACUGACAAUAGUAUGGUCUUGGAAAACUUUAUUCCUCCAUUACUUGAUGCUGUUCUUUUGGACUAUCAAAGAACUGCAGUCCCAGAUGCGAGAGAACCAGAAGUUUUAUCUUGUAUGGCAGCCAUCGUAAAUAAACUUGGAGGCCAUAUUACUUCUGAAGUUCCAAAAGUUUUUGAUGCAGUUUUUGAAUGUACUUUGGAAAUGAUUAACAAAGACUUUGAAGAAUAUCCAGAGCACCGGACUGAAUUUUUCUUGUUACUACAGGCAGUUAAUACACAUUGUUUUAAAGCAUUCCUAAGUAUACCUCCUGCACAGUUUAAAUUAGUGCUGGAUUCCAUAAUUUGGGCAUUUAAGCAUACAAUGCGAAAUGUGGCAGACACGGGACUACAGAUUUUGUAUAGAUUACUACAAAAUGUAGAACAACACCCUCAAGCUGCUCAAAGUUUCUACCAGACUUACUUAUGUGACAUAUUGGAGCAUGUGUUUAGUGUUGUAACAGACACCUCUCACGGUGCAGGUCUUACAAUGCAUGCUACAAUUUUAGCAUAUAUAUUCUCUUUGGUAGAAACUGGCCGAGUUUCUGUGCCUCUCGGACGUACUCCAGACAAUGUUCUUUAUAUCCAAGAAUAUGUGGCAAAUCUUCUAAAAACAGCAUUCCCACAUUUGACAGAUAAUCAAGUUAAGAUUACUGUUCAAGGAUUGUUCAAUUUGGACCAAGACAUACCUGCCUUCAAAGAUCAUCUACGAGAUUUCUUAGUCCAAAUAAGAGAAUAUACUGGUGAAGAUGAUAGUGAUCUAUAUCUUGAAGAACGAUUAUUCGCACUUCGUCAAGCUCAGGAAGAGAAGAGAAGGGUACAGCUAUCCGUGCCGGGCAUUAUUAAUCCGCACGAAUUGCCCGAAGAAAUGCAAGAUUAAUAAUUAUAGUUUAAGUAAGGAAGGUUGAAAAUGAUAACAGUUCACUAAAUAUGAAAUAAUGAAUGUAUGUCUUAAGGCAACUUUAAUCAACAGUCAAACAUAAAUUAUCAAUUCAAUCAAUUGUGUACCAAAAAUUUUAAUAAUAACUGAAAUUUAAGGUAACAUAAGAAAUAUUAUAUUUUAAUUAACUUUAAAUAAUUAAUUUCAUUAGAUAUAUAUCUGUUUGUUGAAAAUAGAAAAAUUGCUUUUUUUGCUGUCCACUCCUUGCAUUUAUAAUCGUAAUGCUGUCACAUUAGCGUGGACUGUUAUCAUUAAGGCAAAAAAUCUUGUGCUUGUUAAAAUGAUACCUUGCUAUGUCAGUGUGUACAAAGGAUCGCCUGAAACAAUGGAAGAUGAUGAAUGUAAGUUGCAAGGUUACAUCAAAAACCUCAAAAAGGAUACAUUUUACGAGCAUAAGACACAGUACAUGGCCUUUUCUAUUUAUAGGUAAAAUCAUGCAACAAUCUACAUUGCUAGAGAAUAAUUCCAGAAAUAUGUAUUUCUGUUUCCAAUAUAACAUGGGAUUGUAGGUAAUGAAAUCUCUGUGAUGGCUCCAGUGUCGGAUGUACAACACGUGCGAUAUAGAAUCUGAGUAUUAUGAGUAGAUUCUAGGAAAAAUAAGUGAAUUGCUGUUAGUUAACGUUUUAUAAUUUUUUGUUUAAUGUUGUCGAAACUAACUUCAUAAUGGUUUGGGAAUCAAACAUUCGAGAUUUCCGAACGCGUUUUGGGCCCGAUUAAUUGUCGAAAUCUUUCAAUUUGUGUUUGAAAUAAACAGAUAAUUGUA